UGGUCCCGGACCCUUUCAAGCCCGAGCACAGGGCGCUGGGCGAUAAGCACGGGGCGCUUGGCGAGCGCAAGAGCAAUGUCGAGCGAACGGGCAUGCGCGACACCAGCGCAGGUGGCGAGGACGCGCACGAGAUGGUCAUGCAGGCGAAGGGUGCAAUCACGUGCGCACAUGCGGGGAGACGCAUGACUAGGGUGGUAAGCCUAAUCCUUAUAGGAAUAGGCAAGGUGCGAAUCCUAAACCCCGCAGGACUAGGAAAAGCAACUGAGUGCCGGAACGCGCACGAAAGAUUGGUGACUAGAGUAAUCCUCGAGGGAUCAGGAAACAUAUUCCUAGUAGGAAUAGGCAAAGUGGAUGCGGGCUCGAAGCACGAUCCUUCAAGGAAUAGGAAUGGCGCACGCAUGGGACGAGACCUUAAUCCUCGAGGCAAGAGGAUAGGCGGGUGUAGGAGGCGCGACCCUAGUCCUCGAAGGACUAGGGCAAGGUGUGCGCGGGCGGUGGACGACCAAGGCGGUGGAUGGGUGGUUAGGAGUCUUCUACUUGGAGUGCAAGGCAAGACUUAUGCUUGGAGUGCAAGGCAAGGCUUCAAGAUCCCUUA